AUGAUUAGUCCUACAAGAAUUGCGAAACUGUUACUCGAACGAGUGACUGAAAACGAAGGACCACACCAUCGCGGAACAAGAUCAAGUUUACGUGAGGAAGAAAUCAUCAAUUCCUUACUUACAAUGAUCGACAAUAUUUCUAAUUGCACAUCGUAUCAAAUUGAAUCGAAUGCGACUCUCGAUUACGAUGACGAAGAAGAAUCUGGUGAUUUCGAAGAGGAAGAUGCUGACUCUGCUGAUGAAAGCGUUGAUCCUAGCUUUGAUGAGUCAGCAGAGGCUGAGAAUAUGACGAUCAAAGCGAAUUUUAGUCUCGAUUAUAUGAAAAAAGUCAUCGAAUAUUAUGAUGCACGUGACUCACAAGGAAGAAGAAAACACACAUGGAAGUCUACUCAACACCGAUUCAAAUCUGUUCCUCACCGACAAUAUAUUACUCGUUUUCGUCACUACAUUGAACAACAUGGUACUAAACGAGAAAAGUUACAAAUCAUCGAUGAUUUUGUGUAUGACAUGUUUGAAGAAGCUCGAGAUAAUGUUUUACCUGUUCAUGAUAGAGAUUUAAAACGAUGGGCACUACAAAAAGCUGCUGAAGAUUCAAGUCUUAUAUUUGAAGCAUCCGAGUACUGGUUGCGAGUCUUCAAACAUCGUCAUCGUAUUUGUUCGAGAAAAAUUACAAAAUUAGUAACUCGUCAUCAUGCAGAAGACACUGAUGCUAUUAUUGAAUCUGCAGAUUCAUUUGUACGUGAUGCUAAAAGACAGAUGCAGAACUAUACACAUGAAGAAAUUCUAAAUACUGAUCAGAUCGGAUUGGAAUUAGAGCUUUACUCCAGUAGAACUCUUUCGUAUGAGGGCGAAAAGGUUACUAUGACACGUGUCAGAUCAAAAAACGCUACGACACAUUCUUACACAGUCCAACCCAUGAUAUCUGCUGCUGGAAAAUUGGUCGGUCCUGUCUUUCUUUGUUUGAAGGAGCCAAAAGGCAAGAUGAGUGAAAGUAAGUUAAUCUACCAUUUAUCUCAUAUGUAA